CGCUCUUCCUGCGGCGCCAAACUCACGAAGCUGCAGAAAGUCUCCGGUAACUCCGCAAAGAAACGGCUUGUGGUUUCCUCUCGCAGCAGUCAUGGAUCUCGGCCCCUUUGAAACAGACAACUCUGUCAGCUGCCGGCUGGCUUCUCAGAUCCCUGAUGUCUGCAAGACGGAGGACUGCUGUCUGGGCAUUGAUGAGGCAGGCAGGGGGCCUGUGCUGGGCCCCAUGGUGUAUGGAAUAUGUUUCUGUCCAGUUUCCAAAAAGCAGCAGCUGAAGGACUCGAAAGUGGCAGAUUCAAAGACCCUAUCAGAGGCAGAAAGAGAAAAACUUUUCCAAAACUUGGAUGAAGCCAAAAGUUAUGUGGGCUGGGCGGUGCAGAUACUCUCCCCCAACACCAUCUCUACCAGCAUGUUACAGAGGACAAAAUACAACCUGAAUGCUCUGUCACAUGAUACAGCGAUUGGUCUAGUACAGUUUGCCUUGGACAGUGGAGUACAGCUCAAAGAGGUUUAUGUGGACACAGUCGGCCCAGCAGAUAAAUAUGAGGCAAAACUCUCCCAGCUGUUCCCGGGUAUCGAGGUGACCGUUCGGCCGAAAGCUGACUCCCUCUUCCCCGUUGUCAGUGCUGCAAGUAUCUGUGCGAAGGUUGCCAGGGAUCGUGUUGUAAAAGGCUGGAACUUUGCAGAGGACAUGGGAGAGGUGGAUACAGAUUACGGCUCAGGAUACCCAAAUGACCCCAAGACUAAAGCGUGGCUGCUGAAGUGCCUGGACCCAGUGUUUGGUUACCCUCAGUUUGUUCGAUUUAGCUGGAGCACUGCCCAAACCCUGAUGGACAGCAAAGCAGUGACUGUUCACUGGGAUGAUGACGAGGAGGACGGGGAGAAGGCAGCACAGCGGCAGCACAACAAGUCCAUGUUAUCCUACUUUAGUGCUUCAGCUGGAGGUAAAGACCAAAAUCCAUCCCACCAGACACACCGCUUCCUCACUGAGCGCAGACUGAAAAGCCUCUGCACACUCUGAAGACAUUAGUGGACAUCCCUGUACACACUGGGAAUCACAAGCUCAUUGUGGGAUCUUCAUAUACAACAAAUCAGUUUUGUGCAGAUGUGUAUGGACUGGGAUGAAACAUUGCUGGCACCUGUUUGUUAUCACAUUCUAUCUUUAUUUGUUCUGUUUGUAUUUUUUUUUAAUACAUAAAACCAUGUAAAAGUCA